ACAAAAAUUCGCAAAAUUAAUUUUCCACUUGGAUUCACACGUGAAAAUGGAUUCUCUCAGUGAACUGACUUUGGCUAUUCAAAGUGCGAUAAGUUUAGUUCAGAACUGUCAGAAAUUGAUGAUCUUAUUCACGGUUAUCGGAGUUUUGUCAUGCAUUUAUUCAGCUAACCAUAUGUUUAAAUACUUGUCAAAGUUUGUUCGUUGUGCUGUGGAUGUGACUACACUAGGUGACUGGGCUGUUGUGACCGGCGCUACCCACGGAAUAGGGAAAGGAUUUGUAGAAGAGCUGGCGAGCAGAGGAAUGAAUAUAGUUCUAGUUAGUAGAAAUCAAAGCAAACUAGAGGAUUUAGCUGAGAAGCUUGAGCGAAGGUUCAAUAUCAGAACAAUAAUAAUUCCUGUAGAUUUUACUCAAGCUGACACAGUUCUAGAGAAGAUACAAUAUGGCAUAAUGGAUAUAAAAGGAGAUAUUGGUCUGCUGAUCAACAAUGUUGGGAUGGGAUAUGAACAUCCUGAAUAUUUUCUAGAUAUUGAAAACUGUGCUCAAGUCUCAAGGGAUAUGGUGAGUGUGAAUGUGUCUUCAGUUAUAAAUGUAACUCUAGCAGUUCUCCCCGGAAUGGUAGAAAGGAAACGAGGAGCUGUGAUAAAUCUUAGUUCUCUUUCUGCUCUACAGACCUCACCUCUAUUCUCCGUAUACUCAGCUUGUAAAGCUUUUGUUAGACAAUUCAGUCAGGAUUUAGAGAUCGAGUAUAGAAGUAAAGGAAUAAUUGUUCAAGCGUUAGCUCCAGGUUUUGUUGUUAGUAAUAUGUCAAAAGUUGAAGAACCAUCAUUCUUUGUAGCUACACCACAACAAUAUGUGAGAUCUGCUCUGGCAACACUAGGAAUAGAAUCCAUCUCAACAGGAUACUUCCCUCAUGAUCUGGUGUAUAUAGCAGUCAAUUUACUUGGCUGGGUUGGAUUACAGGGACAGCUAACACUGGCAGCACUAUCACAGAUACGGGAGGAGGCAUUGAUGAAGAAGCUCAAGAAAAAUAAAUAAGAAUUCAUUUUGAAAAUAGAGCAAUAACAAUAUUUAUUUUAAUUUGCUUACAAUACACAUAGCAAAAUAUUGGCAAAUAGAUCAAAAUUCUCAGUAAUAAAAAUAUUUUCUAUCUUG